UAGAAUGGAGUGUACGCUGAGCGGCAAUGCCGUCAAGGGCUUGCAUCGUGCUGUGGCGUGCCUGGCGCGCGUCGGCCCGGAGCUCCUACUAGAGGCGCUGCCGGACAAGGUGACCCUCCGAUCGCUCAACUCGGCGCGCUCGGCGUUCGUCGCGAUCACAUUCCGGCGCCACUUCUUCGAUAGGCUGCAGCUCUCUUCCUCGAGCGCUCAGUGCGGUGUGCUUCUCAAGGCCGUGUGCACUGUCUUGCGGACGCAACCAGGCAGUGUAGAGCGCAUGGCGAUCACACUGCCGGACAGCAAUGCUUCCAAGUUGAAGUGGACGAUCGACUGCUUGAAUGGGCUGAGGAAAACGUACUGGAUAUCUUGCAACAACGACAUAGAAAUGCAGCAUGUAGCGAUCGAGAGGAACAUUUUUCCCAGCAAUCUGGUGGCAAGGCCUCGUGACUUCAGCAGGCUGCUGGCUAAUUUCCAGUCGAGCUUGCAAGAGAUUACUCUGAUCGCCACCGAGCCUUUCCUUGCGCCUACUGAGUCGGAAGGCAAGGCAGUGGAACUCAGGAGCUACAUCGACCCCGUCAAAGAAAACAACGAUGGCGCACUUCAUACUCAACUUUGGAUUGAUCCCGCCGAAGAAUUGCGAGACUAUCAUCAUACGGGGGUCGCAGUGGACGUUACGUUCAGCGUCAAGGAGCUCAAGGCCUUUAUGAAUUUUUGUGAAGGUUCGGAGGCUGAUAUGCAGCUUUUCUUCGACAAAGCUGGAAGCCCGAUUCUCCUUGCUCCAAAGUUCAGUGUUGAUGAUGCUGCAAAUGCCGAUUUUGACGCAACUCUUGUGCUAGCGACUAUGCUGGGCUCUCAGCUUAGAUCCAGUGAUUCUGCUAGUGAUCGAGCUCCAACAGAUGCUCAGCUUGCACAGGGCGCUCCCCAAGCGGGUUAUACUACUCCAAAGAAUGCAGCUAAUAAGGAAACAGCGGCAAUGGGUUCAGGCCCUCGGUCUGAUCAUACUGUAAUUUGGUCAGAGCUUUCAGGCACGGCAGAUCAAAGAGGAAGAGGGUAUGCUGACAGACUUGCAAACCAACAGCCUCGUCAAAUAUUCCCGGAUAGUGGCGACGCUACCGAGGAACUUCCUUUCCACCGACAUGAUGUCACGUUAGAGAAGGAUGUCCGGAAUGGUACAGAGGAUGACGUCGUGCAGCAGCCACCCAAUGAUGAGCGUAGUGCACAACAGCUGUUUGGAAAGGAUUUGAGCAACUGGAUUGCUGCCGAUACAGACGAGGAAAACGAUGGGGAUGGGUUUUGCGUUCAAGCAACACCUCCCCACCGGAGGGGAUGAAGAGGGCGCUGUUGCAAGUCAAUAACGUGUCUCCAGUUUUGGUUUCGACUGAACAGGCAUUUCCCAAGUGCACUCCAAGUUACGAUGACAGGCAUGAAAUCUUGUCCUGGGCAAGCCGGUAGACCUUGGCUGACGGGGGGAGCAUCUUACCAGGUAAAAAGAUUACAAUUUCUUCAAUGGAAGCUACGUUGUUGUUUUGUUUGGCAGCAACCAUUUCAGACUACUUUUCCAAGACAUGUUGUAAUCACACUAAGGCUUAAAUAGAUAGUGACUUCGCAUCACAUUCUUGAUGCCUUAUGGCAUAGUUUAAA